AUGCGCCCCCCCGCCGCUGCUCUGCUGCGCUGCGCCCUGCUCCUGCUGCUGAGGGGCUGCCCCGGGCAGGAGGAGGAAGGGGGGAGCCCAGCCGGGCAGCAGCAGGAGCUGCCCACCGUGGUGAUCGCCAUCCUGGCCCGCAACUCGGAGCACUCGCUGCCCCAUUACCUGGGGGCCUUGGAGCGCCUGGACUACCCCAAGGAGCGCAUCUCUGUCUGGUGUGCAACGGACCACAAUAUCGACAACACAACCGAGAUCCUGUGGGAAUGGCUUACGGCCAUGGAGAAACACUAUCGCUACAUUGAGUGGAAGUCCGUGGAGGAGCCCAGCUCUUACCCCGAUGAACUUGGCCCCAAGCACUGGACAGACGAACGCUAUGAACACGUCAUGAGGCUCAAGCAGGAAGCUCUGAGCUUCGCCCGGGCCAAGGGGGCUGAUUAUCUCCUGCUCACCGAUACAGACAGCAUCCUGACCAACAAUCAGACCCUGACGUUCCUGAUCUCGCAGAACAAGUCGGUGAUCGCCCCCAUGCUGGACUCCCAGACAUAUUACUCCAACUUCUGGUGUGGGAUAACCCCUCAGGGUUACUACCGCAGGACGGCAGACUAUUUUCCCACCAAGAAUCGCCAGCGCGUGGGCUGCUUCGCCGUCCCCAUGGUGUAUGCCACCUUCCUGCUUGACCUGCGAAAAGAGGGGACCUCCGAGCUCGCCUUCCACCCGCCCCACCCCAACUACACCUGGCCCUUCGAUGACAUCAUCGUCUUCGCCUACUCCUGCCAAGCAGCGGGAGUCCAGAUCUACGUGUGUAACCAGGAGCGGUUUGGUUACAUCAAUGUCCCGGUGAAGUCCCAUCAGACGCUAGAGGACGAACGCAUCAACUUCGUGCACCUCAUCCUGGAAGCCAUGGUGGACGGCCCCCCGAUGUACCCCUCUGAGCACGUUUCCCUCAGCCCCAAGCACCUCGGUAAAAUGGGCUUUGAUGAGAUUUUCCUGAUUAACCUGGUGCGGCGGCCAGACCGGCGCCAGCGGAUGCUGAGUUCUCUGUAUGAGCUGGAGAUAGACCCCCUGGUGGUGGAUGCUGUGGAUGGGAGCGCUCUGAACAGCAGUGACAUUAAGAUCCUGGGUGUGGAUUUACUCCCAGGAUACUACGACCCGUUCUCUGGCAGGACACUCACCAAGGGGGAGGUUGGUUGCUUCCUCAGCCAUUAUUACAUCUGGAAAGAGAUCGUGGCGCGGGGGCUGGAGAAGUCGGUGGUGUUUGAGGAUGACGUGCGCUUCGAGGCCUAUUUCAAGGUGCGGCUGACGCGGCUGAUGGAGGAGCUGGAGUGGGCACAGCUGGACUGGGACCUGAUCUACCUGGGCAGGAAGCAGGUGAACUCGGACGAGGAGGAGCCGGUGGAGGACGUGCGGAACCUGGUGGUGGCUGAAUAUUCCUACUGGACCCUGGCCUACAUCAUCUCCCAGCGGGGGGCCCAGAAGCUGAUCGCGGCCGAGCCCCUGUCCAAAAUGCUGCCAGUGGACGAGUUUCUGCCCAUCUUGUCUGACAAGCACCCAAACGAGGAUUACAAGCAGCAUUUUGCUAACCGAGACCUGCUGGUGUAUUCGGUGCACCCCCUGCUGGCUUACCCCACUCACUACGCUGGGGACUCCAAGUGGCUCAGCGACACGGAGACUUCUACCAUCUGGGAUGACGACUCCAAGAAGACGGACUGGAGCGGCUCGCAGAAAACACUGAAGGAUUCCCGAAGCAACACUGGCCAUUCCUUCCACUCGACCUCCCGGGAUGAGCUCUAA